AUGGCGAAAACAAAUCAACGUUUGGCUCUACAGAUUGUCAUUGGUCUUCUUGCAAUAAUCCCGCUUUUUGUUGGUUUACAAGGUAUAUUCCGUGGUCCAAAUAUGUUAGCAGAAGGUUAUAAUUAUCCUCUUUCGGUUGAUAGUCAUUUUCGUUAUUUAUCCGGUUUACCUGUUGCCAUUGGAUUACUUUUAUUACGUAGUUUACCGACUAUUGAUCGAGAUGCAAGUGACUUACGUCGUGUUUCUUUACUUAUAUUUAUUGGUGGAUUAGGACGGUUAUGGGGUCUAAUAACUUUAGGUUUUGAUAUUAGUACAAUGGUGAUCACUCUUGUUGAAUUAUUCUUAUUUCCAUUUCUUUGUCUUUGGCAAUAUCAAGUACAAAAAAGCAGUGUACGACCUCGUACGAAAUAA